CCGGCGGCCGAGCCGCUGCGUUACCGCGGCUCCCGCCGGGCGCCGGGGCCCUCCCCGCGGGCCGCCUCCCCCCCUCCCGCCCCGCCCGCGGCUCGGCCGCCGGCCGCCCCGGCGGGGUCGCGGGCAGCGCUGGCCCUCGUCACCCUCCUCAGCUUCGCCUCCCGCUUCCACCGCCUGCCGGAGCCGCCGCACGUCUGUUGGGAUGAAACCCAUUUUGGGAAGAUGGGAAGUUACUACAUUAAUCGGACCUUCUUCUUUGAUGUCCACCCUCCUCUGGGGAAGAUGCUGAUUGGACUUGCUGGCUACCUUAGUGGAUAUGAUGGCACCUUUCCGUUCCAAAAGCCAGGGGACAGAUACGAACAGCACAACUACAUGGGAAUGAGAGGGUUCUGCGCAUUCCUUGGCUCCUGCCUGGUUCCCUUUGCCUACCUCACAGUGUUGGAACUGUCCAAGUCGCUGCCAGCAGCCUUCCUCACAGCUUGCAUCCUUAUUUUUGAUACGGGCUGUAUUACGUUGUCCCAGUAUAUUCUGCUUGACCCCAUUCUGAUGUUCUUCCUGAUGGGAGCUGUUCUGAGUAUGGUGAAGUGUAAUGCCUGUGCAGAUAGGCCAUUUUCUGCCUCCUGGUGGUUCUGGCUGAGCCUGACUGGGGUGAACCUUGCUGGAGCAAUGGGGGUAAAGUUUGUUGGCCUUUUUGUAGUCCUCUUGGUUGGUCUGAAUACAAUCUAUGAUCUGUGGGACUUGCUGGGGAACCUCAGCCUGUCACUGGUCAUGUUUGGGAAGCAUUUACUGGCUCGUGUACUCUGCCUCAUCCUGCUCCCGCUUGCCCUCUACACGGCCAUGUUUGCUGUUCAUUUUACAGUGUUAAAUAAAAGUGGUCCUGGGGAUGGUUUCUUCAGUUCUGCCUUUCAGUCCCAGCUGAUUGGGAACAAUCUUCAUAAUGUCUCCGUUCCAGAGCAUUUGGCAUACGGAUCUGUGAUCACAAUGAAGAACCUUCGGAUGGCAGGGGGAUACCUUCACUCUCACUGGCACCUCUACCCAGAGGGCGUAGGGGCUCGCCAGCAGCAGGUCACUGCCUACUUACAUAAAGAUUUGAAUAACCUGUGGAUUAUAAAGAAACAUGAUUCAGAUACAGAUCUGUCAGACCCCUCCAGCCCUGUGGAGUUCGUGAGGCAUGGAGAUAUUAUUCGCCUGGAACAUAAAGAAACUUCUAGAAAUCUUCACAGUCACCAGCACGAGGCUCCCCUGACAAGGAAGCAUUUUCAGGUCACUGGCUAUGGAAUAAAUGGAACAGGAGACUCCAAUGAUUUCUGGCGGAUUGAAGUGGUGGGCAGAAAGCCUGGGAAGCUUAUCAAAGUCCUGCGGAGUCAGGUCCGGCUAACCCAUGUGGCCACAGGUUGCAUACUGGGCUCUUCUGGAAAGACUCUGCCGAAAUGGGGUUGGGAACAAGUGGAAGUCACCUGCACACCAUACCUGAAGGACAGUCCCAAUUCCCUCUGGAACUUUGAAGAUCAUAUAAACCCCAAGUUGCCCAAUAUCAGCCUGGAUGUUUUGAAGCCUUCUUUUGCAGAAAUUCUGCUAGAAUCCCACAUGGUUAUGAUCCGGGGGAACAGUGGCCUGAAACCAAAGGACAAUGAAGUUACAUCCAAACCCUGGCACUGGCCUAUCAACUACCAGGGUCUGCGUUUUUCUGGUGUCAACGAGACAGAUUAUCGGGUUUAUUUGCUGGGAAACCCCGUGGUUUGGUGGCUAAAUCUGUUCACUAUUGGGUUAUAUCUUCUGACAGCAAUUUCCACUGCAGUGGCACUGAAGAGAGGUGUCCAACUGUCAUCUGAACUCAAAGAACUGUCCCGUGUUGUGCUUCGUGGUGGAGGGCAGAUUGCUCUGGGUUGGCUCCUUCAUUACCUCCCCUUCUUUAUGAUGGGCCGAGUUCUCUACUUUCACCACUACUUUCCUGCCAUGCUUUUUUCCAGCAUGCUGACAGGAAUCACCUGGGACAUACUACUGAAGUUCUUUGCUGGGUUCUUGUCCCCCAGCACUGCAGCUAGAAGAAUAUAUGGAGGUGGGAUCCUGGCACUGGUUCUGCUCAUCAUGUACAGCUUCUACCUCUUUCAUCCCCUGUCCUACGGGAUGAUAGGACCCAUGGCCUCCGACCCCAGCAGCCCCAUGGCAGGGCUCCGGUGGAUGGACUCCUGGGAGUUCUAGAACCAGCAAAGGGAGUCUGGGAACAGAGAAUAAGAAGCGUGAGGACUGCUGCAUGUCGAACUGAUUCUGGCACUUUGGAGAUGUGACUGUAAAAUGCCCUCUCUCUGGCAUACUCUGGGUCUAGUAGCCCUGUUAUUUUAGCAUUUGUUUGCACUGCCUGCAUUGGAGGAUGCAAAAGCUGACCUUGAGAGGUUCUUUUAGAAAGACUCGUGUCAUGAAUCCUUAAGUUAUAUUCCUGGGCAGUGAGCUUCUUAACUCUCAGUUCUUCUGAGCAGUGUACCAGAACUCUUGACAGGCAAACAGCAGUGGCAUUCCAGCAGUCAGAGCAGGACAAGUUGGAGUGUGUGCAGUUGCAUGUUCACGUGUGUAUGUCUGUCUUCCUACUUGCAGUGUAAGUACCACUGCAGUUUGAGAGCCAGAUAAUGUCCAUGGCGUUGGGAUUUACCAUAUUUAAUGACCUUUCUUUACGACAAGGUUUUUCUUCCUAAAGCUUCAAAUAAGCAUGUGGGGAUCUCCACACUGCUCAGCCCUGGCUGUCGGAAUUUUUUAUUAUGACCCUGAUUUUUUAUAAUGUGACUGAAAGGGGUCUGCUUGAAAUCUCCUGAGCCACUGUGCCUUGUCUGUCUCCCAGGCCCUCUGCUGACAGAGGAGAUGGAGAUUGUUUAUCCUUUUCUACUGCCUUGCUUUCUGGUCACCUUUAAUCAUUUAUAGCAAUCACCUAGCGGGCCUGCACUCAGAGCCAGACUGUUCCAGCUCAGCACUUUGUAGCUGCUAUGAAGUUCUUACUGAAACUGCUAAGGAAAUUACAGUAGAAACAGCAGGUGAUUUAUUUUCUGCCCCAGUACACUGUGAAGAUGGGCCUUUUGGGUGUGUGGUUGUGACUGAAAUGAUAGCUUGAAAAAUGUAGACAGCUGUCAUUUGUCUUCUGAACCAAGCUAUUCCAGUGCCAGUACCUAUGGCAUUUAGGAAAAAAGCUUCAUCUUAAUGAAUGUGUCAGCCACGAAACUGGCCAUUGGUAUCUGCACUCAAUAUUCCAAUACUGAGCAAGUUCCCUCUCAUAGAUGGCUGUCCAGCAUCAUUUAUCACACAGCUAAUUAAUUACUGCAUUGAAGGAAAUGUGAGGCCAGGCAGAAAUUCUUUAAGUGUCAACAGCUCUUGAAUGUUGAAUCCACCCCUUCCAAGAAAGUGGAAUAUGAGGUGCCUUUCUCCUCUAUUAGGUCUACUUUUGUCAAUUACUCCUUUUAGUCCAUCUAUGCUUUGCCCAAUUUCAAUUUCUUGUCACAGUUCAUGGUCGCUACUUGGAUGCCAGCUGUGUUCCUGUCUCAAGAACUAAUAUUUGCAAAACUCUUUUGUGUUUGUUUCAAUGAACUCAUGCCUAUCAUUUCAGAUUUCUUGCUCUGCUUUUCAGCCAUGCAUCAAAAUUGUGGGUACUGGAAGAGCAGCGUAUGUGUGUCUGUGUUUAAA